UGCAUCCUUUUGACGACUAAGAAUUAUACAAAGGUCUGGUUCAGAGUAAAAAAAAAAUCGCGCAGCCCAACAGCCUCAAUUUACCCAAAGUCAUUUCCCAGGAAUAGAAACAGAAGCUGCUGUCAAGAAUCAAGUGAGAGUUUGUGGAGGAGGUGGACAGUGGUAUCGUCGUUUAUACAUUGAUGGUAUUUUUUCUGCACGGCAACAACCCAUCGAAAAUCAGAUCUAGCUGGAGCGUGUUCUCGCCAAGCAGCUUUUUUAAAGGCUUCUUAAAGCCUUCAAAUUCCUUUACAUUCCGCAUGAACUAGCCCGUCGAUGCAUCUUCCCACAAAGUCAUGAAGUCCUUAGUAGACCUGUGUUUGUUUUCAGUAUCAAACAAUCUCGAUAAGAUUAACAAUGUCGGAAACUUCCUAUCAUGGUCAGACAAAGAAGUCCUCUUGGAAAGACUGUGUGAUCAUGACCUGAUCACCGACGAACACAUCACUCUAAUUUCAAGCAACUUACUCUCACCCCAGCUACAAACUGUCUCAAUGAAAUACAACGAAAACCAAAUAACUGAUGCAGUUCUUGGCAAUUUAGCGUUGUGUGGAUGUCAGUUGUCGAAUUUGACAUUGAAAUACUGCCACAAGCUCACUGAUAGAGGAAUGAUUAACCUGAUGAAAAGUCAACGUGAGCUGAAGUAUUUGAAUAUAAGAGGAGGACCUUCWAAUUUGUUAACAGACAAAUGGUUAUAUUAUUUAAAAUGUGAAGGACUCAGUACCAUCAUACUUCAAGGACUUGAUAUUACAGAUGCUGCUGUCCAAACUGUCAUGGAAAACUGUCCCAAGGUACAUGAAGUGAGGUUUGUUAGGUGCCCAAAGCUUACAAACUCAGCAGUGGAAAUUAUAACAAACAGUCUCCRAGACAAACUGGAAAUUCUGGAUCUAACAGAUGCCAGGCAGUUAACUGAUAGUAGUUGUGUUGCUAUUGGCAAUGGAAAAUGUCCAAACCUCAAGGAGAUUUAUUUGACAGAUUGUAUUCAUAUCACUGGAAACACUUUGAAAAUGAUCAAGCAAGGAUGUCCCAAACUCAUGUGUCUAGAUGUAGGAUUUUGUUACAAAACAAUAAAGGAUGGCACAAACUUUGUGUCUAUGGAUGUGUUUCCAGCUACAUUGACUGAGCUAACUCUACAUGGUGUCCAGUUGAGAGAUGACCAGAUAAAAGACCUUGUUUCUGGGCUUCCCCUGAUCAAAACACUCAGACUGUGUGGAAUCAUGGCUGUAGAUGACAGUGUUAUAGAAGUGGUGUGUUCAAGCUCAGGCAAGACUCUCAGAAAGCUUGACUUGUCUGCAUGUAGAUCAAUAAAGGAUGAGAGUUUGGCUUCUGUGAGCCAUCAUUGCCAGGUGAUUGAAGAGCUCAUCUUAUCAUGUUGUACCGAAAUUACUGGRAAACCACUAGAACCGUUGCUUGGUGAUGCAAAACGAGCUAAUGAAAUUAAAGCAAUUACUUUGAGUGGCUGUAAAAAGUUCUCCAUCGAAAUGUUAAGAUUGAUUGUAAGAUCUUGUAAUAACUUAGAAACAAUCAAGCUUGCUGGAAUAAAAGAUGUUGAUGAUGAAUUGCUGAUGUCAAUUKCUACAAACUGUACCAAACUAAAGGUUAUUAACCUCAAAGGGUGUGAUCAGGUUACAGACAUUGGUAUAUGUGAGAUUGCACGUUUCUGUCCAUUAAGUGAAGUAGUUAUAGCAGGAAUCCAUAGAUUGACAGACAAGUCUGUCUUUGCUCUUGCCAAUUCUUGUACAACAACCCUAGAAGACAUUUAUGCUUCUGCAUGCACUAAAAUCACCACUCAGGCCAUUAGAUAUCUCAAGGAUUGUUGUCUUAAACGCAUCUUUGUGGAUCACAAGACACCAAAUCUAGAUCCGGAUCAGUUAAUGGCUAAGAAUUUGGAUACUGGUGAAUUUUGUCGUGCAGAUCUAGAGCUGGCUAAUGCGACUACGUUUUUAAGAUGAAUAUGACUGAUCUUUCAGUUGAUAGAAGCAAAAAGGGAUUGAUAAGCACAACGACAAUAUAGAAUACCUUCAAUGCUAUUCCGUUAUCUAUCACGAGGUUUUUUUCAUGGCGGAAGCAGAAGUGCCUUCCGAUGAAGGAUAGACUAAAAUAAACCAAUCAGAAGAGCAGAUUGUAUGUAUCUCUAUAAUCUUUUUUAAUUAACACUGAUCAUGGAAAAAUGAUUGAUUAGAAUCCAUUAUGAUUCAUAGUUGCCUGUUGUUCGAGAAAUACAACGUUCAAGGACGACUAUGAAGUUUUGAGUAACAUCUAGUUUCCAAGGGCAACUAUCACAGCAAAAUGCGCGAUAUUUUAAAACCUGCUUUAUUGCUUUUAUUAUUAAACAAUAAAAUUUUCUGAAGCA